CCUGACCCGAAUGACCGGCCCGUGUUCCAGCUGCAAACCCUAACGAAAGAUAGAGAAAAACAGGCGAGAACGCCGGAGAGUGAGGCGAGAACGCUGAUCGCUUCAUCGAAGGGAUAUCCAAAAGACGUUUUCUUCCUUAGUCUUCAGCCGGCAGUUGCGAGUUUAACAGGCGCGAAUCGCAUUCUUCUAAAGAACCAAUCUAGGUGGGUGCUGACAGUGUAGAUUGAUAUGAACCAAUCUCGCGAUCCCAUGGCUACUUCAAGUAAGAAGAUUAGGUUCGAUGAAUCUGAAUCUGAAUCGGAAGAAGAAGAAGACCCAACUCUUCAAGAGAGAGGAGUCAUAGAGCGCGAGCUUGCAGAUGUUACGUUCGAGGAGUUGCAGAAAGCACGCUCUAAUGGGUCGGAGUUAGUCUACAGAAAGAUUCAUUCGGAGAAGAAGAGCAGCAGGGCCAACAAGAACAGGCCUAUGGAAGUGAGUGCCAAGAAGCCAGUUAGUAGACAUAAAGAGAUUAUUCAAGCACCUAAAAAGGUGAUUCGUGACCCCCGUUUUGAGAUGUUAUGUGGGAAUUUUGAACAAGAAGGGUUCAGGAAGAGAUACAAUUUUCUUUACGAGAAUGACUUCCCUGCUGAAAAAGAGGAACUAAAAAAGGAGAUGAAGAAAUCAAAUGACCCAGAAGUGAUUGCUGAUAUCAAGAAUCGUCUGUCCUGGAUAGAUAAGCAAUUGAAGACUACUACAACUGCCAAACAAAAUGAUAAGGAAGUUUUGUCUGAACACAAGAAGAAAGAAAGAGAAGCUGCAAAACAAGGGAAAAAACCCUACUAUCUGAAGAAAUCGGAGAUACGCAAACAAAGUCUUAUUGGGAAAUUCACGGAUCUCAAGGAAUCUGGCAAGCUUGAUGCAUACAUUGAUAAGAGGAGAAAGAAAAAUGCAACCAAGGACCAUAGGUACAUGCCAUAUCGACGCCCUGGAAACAACGAGCAAUAAAUUUGAAGUGCAUGUUUUGUUCGUCGGUUCAUGAACCUCAAUAGCCCCAACAUAACCCUUGUUGUGCUACAAGUUUUGAGUGGAAAGUAUUGUUUAGCUCAUUCCUCCCUCACACUGUUUAAGAUGCAAUUCUCUCUUGCCUUUUAUUUUUAGUCUUCUAUUGGAUAGAUUCUUCUUCGUCUUCAUCUAGGAGUUGAUGAGACAUUUAAUGAAAUAUGUGGUGUUACAUUAUAUUAUGGAUUCAAUAUGCCAUUUGCAAAAUUUUGUUUAAUAGUAAUUAUUAACUUUCAAUUACUUUAAUUUCA